UACACAAUACUGAUUUGCACAAAAAUUGAACCUUGGUAAUUAAGUUGAAAAUUUAGAAAGAAGAUCAUGUCGGGGGCACAAGGAGCACAACGACAAGAAUCACGAACACAAACAACGUACGAAUCAAUAACUAAAGAGGACAACAAGACAAGACUGGACAUUCAUUCUCGUGAGGAUGAAAAGGGCAUCCAAAUUGAUAAGAUUCAAGACAAGGUCGAUGAUGCUGCCGGUAAAGGUGGUCCGGUUUUCGGUGCCGGCAAAGACGACGACAAGAAGAAGCCGGACUUGGGUGUUACCGGCACCGGAGAAUAAAACUAUUUACUAGCUAGUACAAUUUUUUUUUUUUUUUUACACUCCUUGUUUUGUUUGUAAAAAACUAGCGUUUUAUUUAGGGUUCUUUGUUUCUAGUUUUUUUUCAUCUUACGAAUGUAUAGUGGACUGCAUGCUGCUUAGUUUGUAACUUGUUCUGUCUCUUACAGCUUGUUUGGAUAGUUGCUAUCUAUUGUAUUAUUUGUAGUGUAAUGUUUAUUUGAUUGUUA